AUUGGUGCUGGAGUGGGUACUGCAGUCACAGGUGCAGCAUCAAUCACAGAAGGAUUGGUAGUUGACAAAGUUCCCGGUCAACGACCACAAGUUCCUUCCAUCGAUCCAAAUUUAAAAGUUAUAUCUCGAGUAACUAAAAUCAUGGACGAAAGGAACAAACAAUCAGCUGUUCAGCUGUCUCGAGCUGUACGAAGCUUGGAAACAUACGUGGAAGAUUUAUCGGCAUCAAAGGAAGAUAAAAUGAAAAAACGUCGAAUUAUAUUCAAACUCAGGACACAACUGCAAGAAGCCAUGUUCAGAAAAGCAGAAUCUAUAUCAGACGUAAUUCAGAAACAAGAAGAUAUUGAAAAGAUUAAUAAAGAAUUAGCUGAUUUCACAAAGUCAGAAAAAGAUAGUCUACAAAAAGCGAAGGAAGAGGGCAAUAAAGAUAAAGACGAGGUAAAGAAAGCGCGUGAAAGGUCUCUUCGCCAGAUAAAAAAUGUGCAAACAAUUAUAAACAGCGUAAAAGUUGUAGUUGAUUUUGCAUCACAACUCAAAAAUGAUGAAAGCAUGAUGAGUCUUCUUGAUAAUCAGAUGUCUAAAUAUUACAAGCAAUUAGAAGAUUUGCAAAAAAUGGAACAGCAAGUGUACGACAUAAUACUACCCGAUUUUCGUCAAAUUGAAGAAACAAUAAACGAAAUUAAGAAAUCAGCGAACGGAUCAUCACAUGCCAAAUUGGAUAUGUCUAAAUGGACUGUUCGAACAGCUUUAAGGGAUGUGAAAUCAUUGUUGCAAAAAUUCACCCAGAAAAUGUCUUUCGAACUCCAGAGUAAUUUGAUGCGUUACUUUGAGAAGAUCGACGAGGGUUUCUCUAUACUCAUUGAUAUUUACGACCGCAUUGAUUCUUACGCGGACAGUGUUGCACAAGCUGAAUAUAUAGCAAAUAUUGUAUCUGCAUCAAUGUCUAAUAUCCAUAUCACUAAUUCCGAACUGAGCAAUGCAGUGAUUGAUCUGAAGUUGAUAAUACAAUCAAACAUACUGCUAGAAAAGUACGGCAUAGCAUUGCAUGCAUUCAAGCAACAUUUUUUCCCAUUUGCUGCUCGAGUGUUACAGAAGUUCCAAUUGCCUACUGAUAUGCAGCUCAAGGACACUGAAUCAGUAAGAUCUAAUAUUGUCGACAGAAUCAUGGAUAUGAAAAAUCACAUUGACGAAAGUGAAGCGACAAUAGGCGAAUACAGCAAAUAUAUUCACGAAAAGAAGAUAUUCAACAGCAACACUACUGGCUCUUCACCAUUUUAUGUGUGGAAACAUGAUACAAUUAAGGAUGAAGUACAACAAUUGCUAAACGGCUCGGAGAUUUUACUCAAAGCGGAUAUAUCUAAAGGACUGUUCUACAAUUCCGUGAAAUACAACGAUAUAGGAAUAAAUUUAAAAUUAAAGAACAGUACCUUGCAAAACAAUCUAAAUUCGGUGCUUCAAAACUUUGCGCUGACCAUGACCAUGGUUGGAAAUUAUUACUAUCGAUGCGGAGAGCGAUACUAUUUUAUUUCGUUUGAUGAUGAUAUUACUAUCUCUUAUACUCUUACCCAAGAUGAAAACAAAAAUUGGCUUGACCCUAACAAGGUAUAUACGACAAUUCUUAAUAGCCACACCUUCCUCAGCCCCUAUGUAAUGUGGAGUAUCAAAUUAAACAGCGUUGAUGAAUCUGUGUCGUUCAAUCAUUUGAAUGCAUAUGCUGAUGAGAUAAUUGACAUAGAGUUGUUUGGUCGGGGCUAUUACAUUGAGCAGCAUGCUGAUUUUAAUUUCGAAGUUUGCAAUCAAUAUUUGGAUACAUUUUACGAUGUAGGAGUAAUUGCCAGAGAGCUUCCAAACUUUUUUUAA